CUCUCCGUGUUGUUCGUUAGUGGACUGUGUUAUGAUCAUUAAGGACCAAACCCACUUGCUCGCUUCACCAUUUCCUGCAUUCUACUCUCUCUCCCGGACAUUGAUGCGCAACAGGAAACGCGAGACAAACUCCCUCUCUCUCUUCUCUCUCUCUCUAAAACUUGGAAUCUAGCUUGGGGUCUUCUUCUUGCUUUUCCCUCUGGUUUUCAUGGUAAAGAUCUGUGCUUUAUAAUUGUUUCAUGCUGGGCAUAGGCGCUUACGAAAUGGGUCAGUUGAUUUUUCCUUAAUCAAUUGCUUGCCGAGUUGAAAGUAAUUAGUAGGUUUGGUGGGUUUGCACAGGAAAAAGAUAAAAGUCAAAGAGUCAGAAUUUAAAAGCGUGGGAUGGGAUUUUUUCUUCACGCUCGGCUGCUGAUCAUUUGCUGAUUAAAGCUAAAAAGCUUAAAGCUUAGUGUUUUCCCUUCAUCCAUAGCUAGGGUUUUCAUAGAAGAUCACAAAAAAAAAGGUUUUAAAAAGAUUAGGGUUUAAUUAGAGGAGCUGAAGCUCGCAGAUCAGGAAAAGAUUCGAUCGAUCGAUCGAGAGAGAUGGAAGUGGGAGAGAAAGAGAAGGAGAUGGAGAUGCCAAGCUCCUUCAGAUAUUGCACUUCAUCCACUGAUCACCAUGAAAGAAGAAGAAAACCCGCAACAGAUCACCAAACCCUAUAUCACCACCAUCGCCCUCCUCCUCCGCAUAUCUACCAUGAAACCGCCGAGAAGAACAAACCCACAAGCAGAGAUUCGGACUCGGACCCGGAACCGGAACCGGUCUCUGCAACUCCGGUGUCUCCCCUUCCCAGAUCAUACGCAAGACCCUUUCCUCAUCUUUAUCAGCAGCAGCAGCAACAGGUGAGAUACAGAGAAUGCCAACGGAACCAUGCUGCUAGCUCCGGCGGCCACGUCGUCGACGGCUGCGGUGAGUUCAUGGCAGCCGGCGAAGAGGGCACGCCGGAAUAUCUCCGAUGCGCCGCUUGCGACUGUCACCGGAGCUUUCACCGGAGAGAAAUCGACGGAGAGAUUACGCUGAAUCUCAACACGUACGGACACUACAGCGUGGUUGCCACCGGAAACGUGUGGUCCCAGAGAAACCUAGUGUCCCCUCCUCCACAACACCAGCCAACCCCUCCGGGUCUCCUCCUCCAUCACCACCACCACGUGUGUCCGAUCAUGAUGAGCUUCGGCGGCGGCGGAGGACCGGCGGAGUCAUCGACGGAGGAUCUCAAUAAGUUCCAUCAGUCUUUGGGAGCUAUUGGAAUCGAUCAGCUUCAGCAGCCGAGGAAGAGGUCUCGGACAAAGUUUAGUCAAGAACAGAAGGAGAAGAUGGAGGAGUUCGCGGACAAGAUCAGUUGGAGAAUAACCAAGCAAGACGAGGAAGAAGUUCAACGAUUCUGCUCGCAAAUCAAUGUGAAACGACAAGUGUUCAAAGUUUGGAUGCACAAUAAUAAGCAAGCAUCGAGGAAGAAACACAUGUAAGAUCAUAUACUCAAAAAUCUCCGGUCUUGAAGAGAUUUGCAAUCGGAGAAGUAGAACAAAAACAUUUCAAUGGGAUUGAAUUCAGAA